AUGACUCGCAUCCAAAGCUCACAACUUGUUUUUGUCUCUUCAUGGUGUUCAUAUCUCUUCGAUGUUCUGGUAGGACCUGCUCUCUAUGCUUUCAACAAUGCAGUCUUCACUGACGAGGAUUGGGAGGGAAUCCAGCGAGCUGGAAGAAGCAUCAAGCAGGACGAUCCAACCAAAGUGGGGAGAUUUGGGAUCGGCUUCAACUCUAUUUACCAUGUUACAGACUUGCCAUGUGUCUUCAGUUCUAAACACCUGGCUGUUUUCGACCCACAAAUGAAGAUGUUCGAUAAUAAAAAAGAGGGCUAUCGAUGGUCACUGGAUGAUGAAGAGGACAGAAGGCACCUUUUGGAAUUCACAGAUCAGUUCAAGCCUUUUCAGGAUAUAGUUCAUCUAGUCAGCCGCUGUUCUUGGAAGAAAAUCAUAGAUGAGCAGAACUUCAGUGGAACACUUUUCCGCUUUCCUCUGCGCAGUGAAGCCUCUGAGAUCUCUGAUAAUUUAUACAACUCCAGCAAGAUAACACAGCUCUUCAACAGCUUCAUAGCAGAUGCAGAGAUCAGUCUUCUCUUUCUGAGAAACGUUUCAUCCAUUUCUUUGAUGCAUGUCGACACAAACGGCACCGCCAAUGUUAGGAUGAAAGUUUCUGUGGCAUCUCCUGAAAUUCCUCUUUAUCAAGAAUGUUUCCGAAGAGAGAUGGUAGAAGGUAAAACCAGCUAUAAAACAGUGUCCUGUUUUUCUUCAUCUGGGACUGAGACAAAGGCCGAGUGGCUAGUGACGACCAGUCGACUAACAGAAGGGAACAUACCUGAGAUUGACACCCUUGCUGAGAAGCUCAGUUUCCUUCCUCAGGUUGAUGUAGCAUUUCAGUGUGAUGAAGUCAAAACAUGUGACUCUGGAAGACUGAGCUGCUUCCUGCCCCUUCCGAACAAUGAGACCAAUAACACGGGCCUCCCGGUUCACGUUAACGCAUGCUUCGGCCUCACAGACGACCGGAGGUACAUCAAGUGGCAGGAGGAGGACCAGAAGAACGACGAAUCGGCGAUGUGGAACGAGCUGCUGAAGAAGGAGGUUCUUCCCCACGUGUAUCUCAAGAUGAUUCGAGAUGCUGUUCAACUAUCCACAAAGUCGCUGCUGCCGGCCAGCGCUGUGUACAGUCUUUGGCCUGACCUGAGCAAGACGGAACACAAUGACCGAUGGCAUGAAGUUGCCCUGGACGUGUUUAAACGGUUAUUCCAGACUAAAGGAAUCUUCUCUCUUGCUCAAAAUGAGAAAAACUGGGUGGCUGCUUCAGAGGCUGUUUUCCCAUCCAACAGUACAGAUAGCGGUGUUAUGUCAGCAGUGUCCCGGUUAUUGAUCAAAGAGGGAGAAAACCUCAUCACGUUUCCUGAACAUGUGCUGACAGCUAUAAGAACAGUUUUCCCAGAACCUGCAGCUCUGAAAUGGGUGACCCCGUGCCUUGUUAGAAAUGUGCUCCGCAAAACAGAGAUUGGAAAUGUGUGUAAAGAUGAUAAACUGUCGCUCCUGGAGUACAUCCUCAGUGAUGGCAAGUACAAAGAACUGCAUGGUCUACAGCUUCUGCCUCUCAGUGAUGGGAGUUUCAGGUCAUUCACCAAUAAGGAAGAAGAUACAGUUUUGAUUGACAAUGAAGAGUUUUCACGGUGAGUUUUAGAGAUUAUCUUCAGUUUAUCCCCAUUCAUAACUGUAAGUGGGUAUUGGCAUGGGUUACUAUUGAGG